AUGGAGGGCAGACCCGACCAAGUGGCAGAUCAAAGGUCUGAUCACCCCGUCGGUUUCUGGGCUAGAGAAGGUCACUGGCCGCGCGAAUACUUUGAGGCCGACAUGGAGCACGCACUGGCACGGAAACGAUCCUUGUUCACACUUCGACGCAAGCGAUCAGAUUCUGCCUCUUCUGCGACGCCAAGCGACCAACGGCCGCGGGAGGAAAAGAGUGCACAACACCGAGAUUCGCGCUAUGAGACGUUGCUUGUGACCAAGGGAGUGUUCAUGGCCAAAUCGAAACUAGGAAUUACUAGCGAAAGCAGGGCGCUUUGCAACAGCCUCCUUGAAAAGAACCAACCGGUCCCCGAGAACUCACUCUUUCGUGAAGAGAGCUUCGAGUCGGCAUGUCAAAAGAUUCGCAAUAGAAAUGAGGAGCGGGUUAUCCAAGAUAUCUCUCGGCUAAUCGUCCCUUCAGCCGAAAGCCUGGCUACACUCGGCGCUAUACACCUCGAAGACCUCGUAGAAAGUCCAGACUAUUCCGUUGGGUUCCGGCGAGAGGCCUUUCCCGACGAUCAGCUCGCCAAGCUAUCGCCGUUUAUCGGCGACUUCAUCGCUGGCGAUCUGUCCCUUCUCAUGGCCACGUAUUACAUGUACUUCCCAUUCCUUGCUUGCGAAGUCAAGUGCAGUGCCACCGCGCUGGAUGUUGCGGAUAGCCAGAAUGCUCAUACCAUGGCGCUGGCCGCACGGGGCAUCGUCGAGCUCUUCCGACUUGUGAAGCGCGAGGACGAGAUUAACCGCCAGAUAAUUUCCUUUUCCAUCUCACACGACCAUUGCUCGGUUAGGACAUACGGCUACUAUCUAGUUAUUGACGGAAAAGAUACCAAAUACCACCGUCAUCCGAUUUACACAUUUGAUUUUACAACACUAGACGGGAAAGAGAAGUGGACUGCGUACCGGUUCACCAGGAAUAUCUAUGACAUCUGGAUGCCAGAACAUUUCAAGAAGUUUUGUUCAGCCAUUGGCCAGCUGCCGACGAAGAUAGACUUGAAUGUCCCGGCAAUCUGA